CCAAGUUAAAAAUAACAGUCACUCGUUGAGCCGUUUUAUGCGCAAGUAGAGGUGGCCUGUAAGCGCUCAAUAUAGGCUAAAACAUAUUAUUAUAUGCAAGAAGUUUCUUAUACUACGAAAAUAGGGCUGGCCGCUUAUAACAAAGUUGAACUGCUAUAAAUAACAGCGCAACACUUCAAGCGUUAUUUAUCCUAAUAUUUUUAUCCGAUAGAAUAUUUUUAAUAGGCGUACUGCAGAUUUUAUUAGUGGGCUUGGUGUGACUCGCUUCUAAGAAGUUAUGUAAAGUUGGGAUAUGAAAGUGUUCGUUUUAUUGUCACGUGAAAUGCGACCGGUUUUAUUUGCGGAAAUACGUUUUAUGUACAUGUUUUUUUAUAGUUUGUUACUCAUAUUAGAUUUUUCUUAUUGAAUCUAAUAGAAUCACUUGAGGAAAUUAAGAUUAUCCAAGAAUUAGAAUUUUAUUAGUAUCAAUUUCAGUAUUAAGGAUAUAACUACGAGAAUACGGAAAUGCAUGGUAUUAAUCUAGGUUCUAACGUCCAGCACAGCCCUACGGCCCGCAGGCAAAUAUGAACGAAUGUAAGUUGACUUAGAAUAAGUAUGUUCUGCAAUCGAGAGUCAGCCAGUGUUAGAUCAUAAUGUGUUGAAACAGCACACGCGCGCGACACUGCCAACAAUACAAUGAAAAUUCAAAGAUAUUUUAUGAAAAAUUCAAAAUAAUAACGCCAUUUUAGACCUUUACAUGUUGUCGCGCCAUUUCGGAUUUUUAGCGUGCGCCGCCGCGCCCGCGUUCGUAUUUUGAAAAUGUGACUGUCAAACAGCUAUUUUUGGAACUGUGAUUUUGAAAUUAUCGAAGUGAAAUGACUUGGAUUUGAUAUAUAUUUUUUAUUUUAUUGUAAAUUUUUAAUGUCUACGUUCGUUCUUCCGUGAAAUUGGAGAAAAAAGUAUUUUAUUGCGUAACUAGGAAAUAAAAAUUGUGUACGUCAUAACGAUAAAGAUUUUGGCGCGCAUUCUUGAAUGAAGUUUUUCUUGGAAACUGGGGAAAGACUUGGAAAAAAAUAUAUUUUAUUUUUUCGUUAAUAGUUAUGUGAGUGAAGAAUUGGACUUUUUGUGUUGUGUUGAACGGAUACUGAGAUCCGAAGACAUCGUCGGACUACGGAAAGAGUGUAAAUAAAAGAACCGCGAGCGAUCGCAUGUCCUCGUUGUGACGAUUCGUCCGAAACUGGAAUUAAUGUUGAAAUACUUCAAUGAGAACAUAUCCCUAGCGCUGCAGGAGAGGUACAGGGACCUCCAUGAGUAUCGGAAGACGGAAGCGGUAGAGGAGGGCUCACCGAGGGAGGCCAAAGUACCGAAAAUAGCGGAGGAAGGCGAGCAGGUCGGCGGCGAGGGCGCCUUCGAGCCGAGCGCCGCGCCGCCGUACCCGCGGCUGCUGGAGCCGCCCAAGGAGGAGGACAGCUUCGUGGCGAGCUGGCUGCAGAACUCCUUCAAGAUGACGGCGGCCGAGGGCAGCGGCGAGGCCUCGGCUGGCGGCAGCGCGCUGGACCUGCGAGCCGCGCCGCUGUCGCUGCACAUCCCCAGCCUGCAGCAGGCCGCCGAGGCCCAGCGCCAGUUCAAGAUGCAGGACUUCUGGUCCCGCAGCCGCCCCGGCUCCCCCGGACAGGAGCUGGGCGAAGGCCACAGCCAGCCAGGACCCGCGCCUCCCACUCCGCAGCCGCCAGCAACUCCAGACCACAAGAUUAUGACAGAGAAACUGGUCAAUGAAAUUCAGCAGCAACAACAAUCGCCAUCAGCAGACUCCACAAUGAGUGAACGAUCGCUCGUACCGUUUGCGCUGGUAAAUUUACUAUCAACACUCAAUAAUAUUGAUCCGCAACAGCAGUCGCCGACUGGGGAAACACCGAUCGGCGAUAGGAACGCCAUGUUGCCCUUCGCUCUGGUAAAUUUCCUGAAUAACCUGAAUAUCGAUCAACAAGCGCGGUCUGGGCAGAGCAUCAGCGAGAGAACUCUCGAGGAAUGCUGGUCUACACUUCAGCGAGUGAGUUGGCAUCUGUUUCAAUGUAUAUUCAUGCACAAAAACGCAAUGCAGAUGCACGCAAGGGAACUCCAGCGAGGGUUGGGAGGCGAGGUCAAGCCGCACCAGUGCCAGCAGUGCCUGAAGUCCUUCAGCUCAAACCAUCAGCUGGUUCAGCACAUCAGGGUCCAUACUGGAGAAAAGCCAUACAAAUGCUCGUACUGUGAUCGGAGGUUUAAGCAGCUGAGCCAUGUUCAACAGCAUACGAGGUUGCAUACAGGCGAGCGUCCUUACAAAUGCCAUUUACCUGACUGCGGCCGGGCAUUCAUCCAACUUUCGAACCUCCAACAACACCUAAGAAACCAUGAUGCCCAGGUCGAAAGGGCCAAAAACAGGCCCUUUCAUUGCAAUAUCUGUGGGAAGGGAUUCGCCACUGAAAGUAGUUUGAGAACGCACACGGCAAAGGAGCUUCAGCUGCACCUUGGUGUUUUGCAGCAACACGCGGCUCUCAUGAUAGGUGGGGCCACCGCCACACCAUGCCCCAUAUGCCACAAAGUAGUUUUCGGAGGAGAAGCACUCGUUGAACACAUGAAGAACACUCACAAGGACCCAAAUGCAUCCGGCGUUGCGAGCCCUCCAGCCACGUCACCAUACCCGGCGCAAGCUAAACCUGUUGAUCCUUACAUAGCGAAGCGACGGACGGCGAACCACCCGUGUCCUGUCUGCGGGAAGCACUACGUCAACGAGGGUUCGCUGAGGAAACACCUGGCCUGCCAUCCCGAGACCCAGCUGACUAGCGGACUGAGAAUGUGGCCCUGUUCUGUUUGUCAGGCUGUAUUCACACAUGAAAGUGGCCUCCUAUCCCACAUGGAACACAUGAGAAUGGAACCGAAGCACCAGUUCGCCGCCCAGUACGUACUGUCCCGGGCGGCUGCAGAAAGACGAGAAAGAGACAUCAUCGCCGCGGUUUCCGCCUCAGCCGGCGGCUCGGGACUCCUGAACCUCGCGCCGCCUUCCCCAGCACACUCCGACUCCUCCUCAAACGGACGCCUCUCGUCCUCCGCCGGCUCUGAAGCCGGAGCCGCCGUCAACAAGCUCACAGACCUCCUCAGAUCAGCCAACAAUGGACACCAAGCAUACGGAGACGAAAGAGUCGCAGCCAUAGCAGCAGCCGCUGCCAACAUGAUGGCACAACCUGGUGAAGGUGCUAGUGCCGUGCAGGUAGCUGCUGCCAACCUGGUGUCCGCGAUGAGGCAGCAACUAGCCAGAGAGCCGCCACCAGCGCAACCGCCGGCCGAAACCCCACCAGCACCUUCCGAAGCCGCGCUGAGGAUCCAACAAGCUGAGGCUCUCCUUCGAAGUCAGGCCGAGGCGCUCCGACUGGCUGUCUCCCAGGCGGCCGCGGCACACGGCAAUGAGACUCCGAGUCCUUUAAGACACAAUGGAGGCUUUCCUCCACAACCUCCGAAUGACGCGAGUGGACAAAUAUCACCAGAACUAGUUGAAGCAUUCAGAUUAGCACAAGAGCAGAGAUUAGAACAGGCUCUGAGAUUGCACGACCCGAGGAUGCUGGGCUUUAACCUGCCGUCACCAGUGCAGCAGGCGGCGCAGCAGGCAGCCCAGCAGGCCGCACAGCAGGCAGUAGCCGCCCAACAGGCAGCGGCGCAGCAAGCGGCACAGCAAGCCGCCCAGCAGGUGGCCCAGCAGGCUGCCCAGGCCGCCCAGCAGGCCGCCCAGCAAGCCGCCCAGCAGGCCGCCCAACAGGCCGUCCAGCAGCAGCAUCUGCAGGCCGCCCAGGCCGCGCAAGCCGCCCAAGCUGCACAGCAAGCUGCCCAACAAGCUGUCCACUUGCAACAAAACCCUCAGCCAUGAAAAUUUAGCUAUUACUAAUCCGAUGCGAUUUCCACGCAGUAGAUGUAAUUUAGCUCGUAAAACUUAGUAAAAAAUUAUAAAAAGGGACUUUUGUAUUUUUUGGAUGUGAACUUGUUUUGGCCGGAGUGUGACAGAAAUCGCCUCUGAUUGGUAAUUGGUUACGUAAUAUUAUUUUGACGAGUUAGUUUUGGACUCUAAAAUGUUUUUACGUUUAAUUUUAGCCAGCAAAAGUAUACAAUUAUGAAAAAGUAAAAUAAAGUAAUAACAUUAAUUUAGAUAGAACUAACUGUUGUAUAUAGGGAAACUUUUAGCGGAAACAAAUUUUAAUGUAAAUAAAUAAAAACGUACCUAAAAUAGUUGAAUGAAUGAACAAAAUGGAACAAAAACUCGCCCGAACAAGUAAUUAGAUGUAGAGAUAUGACAAAUAAUAUUACAGUGCAAUCUUCUAUUAUUUGUUUGGUUAUUAUUGAGUGUUUUUAUUAUUAUUAGAUAUAUAUAUUUAUUUUUAUUAGCUUUUACCACAGAGCAGUGAAUAUCUUAGCUUAGUACAAACUUUUGGAAGUGCCAAACAGGUUUAAGCACGUUUUUAUCGCAUUUAGCGACGGUUUAUUGCAAUAUGUUAGUUGCAUUAUGUUUCCAUAGGAUAUUUUAUUAUUAAUUAUUAUAUUUUUAAUAAUUAUUUUUAUUAAUCUUUUCACGCAAUAACACGUCUUAUGCUAGUCACGUUUUGAACGCACAAAAUAAUUCUAUUUAACAAAAAAAUAUAAAA